CGUACAUUUGACGAUAUGGUCCUUUCUAUCAUGGCGGAGGCAACGUGUGAGAAAUAAUCAUUGAACUGUGGAAAUAAUCCAUACCAAACAUUUCCCGUUUUAUACUGGGGAAAUGCUCAAUUUUGAGAAAUAAAAGUUAAGUUCUGCUCGUUAUGGUACCAACUCAUACUGUUGCCAAUACAUAUCUGCGUGGAUAACAUUUAAAGCUCAAAUACUGACAGAAACUCCGUGGAAGCAUGCCUCACAGAAAGAAGAAAGCAUUCAUUGAGAAGAAGAAGGCUGUGACCUUUCACCUGGUCCACAGAAGCCAGAGAGAUCCAUUAGUGGCUGAUGAGAAGGCCCCUCAGCAUGUGUUGCUACCUGCCAAUAAGGUAGAGGCUGAGAAGAGAAAAGAGGAGCAGAGGCAGUUUGGUGUGUUCUUUGAUGAUGGCUACGACUACCUGCAACACCUCAAGGAGCCCAUGUGUCCCACAGAGCUGGUGUGUGCCAGCCUACCGCUGCAAGAAGGACGAGUGAUCAUCACCGAGGGCGGAAAGGUGGAGGAGGAAGAGCUUCAGACGCACACACUUCCUGCUGUAUCCAUCAAUCUGCCAUCCUCUGUUUUCGCAUCUGAGUUUGAGGAGGAAGUGGGUUUGUUGAACAAAGCAGCACCUAUAUCAGGUCCAAGGCUAGAUAUGGAUCCUGAUAUUGUGGCAGCUCUAGAUGAAGACUUUGACUAUGAUGACCCAGAGAACGUGCUUGAGGAUGACUUCAUUCUGAAGGCCAACAAUGUUGUAGGAGAUGACAAAGAGGGUCUCUCCCACUGUAGUGACAGUGAUGAGUGGGAGGACACAGACGAGGAAGAGAGUGGUGAGGAAGAGGACACCGACUGUAAUUCAGAUGGCCCCCUUUCAGAGGAUGUGGGCGAUGCAAUGUUCCUGUUUGCGGACGAGGAAACAAAGAGCCGUUUCACUGAGUACUCUCUGACCUCCUCAGUCAUGAGAAGGAAUGAGCAGCUCACACUCCUUGAUGACCGCUUUGAAAAGUUUUUUGAACAGUUUGACGAUGACGAGAUUGGGGCCCUGGACAAUGCAGAGCUAGAAGGUUUCAUAGACCCUAACAAUGCUCGUUUGGAGGAAGUCAUUAAAGAUUACUUCAUACAGAAGGCAAAAGAAUACCAGAAGCCUGAAGACCUGGGUCCAAAACCACUUCCUGUAGUGAAUGAAGAGGAGGAACUGGAGAAACCAGAGAUAGAGACUAUACUAAUCGAGGAGCCACCCACAGAGAAAUGGGACUGUGAAACUGUUCUCAGUACUUACUCAAACCUGUAUAACCAUCCAAAGCUUAUCCAAGAUCCACCUAUGCUGAAGCCCAUCAAAGUGUCCAGCAAGAGUGGAAUCCCAAAGGAGGUCCUGCCAGGGCGAGGUCUCACGGCCAAGCAGGCCGAGCGCAUGGAGAGGAUCAACGACUUGGACCUCCCCCGUGUCUCUACACAACCGCGACCCAAAGAGGAGUGCAAGGAAGCAAGAAAGGCAAGGAAACAGACCAUCAAAGAGGAGCGCAAGGAAAGGAGAGUGGAAAAGAAGGCCAAUAAGAUGGCAUUCAAGCAAGAGAAAACCCGGCAGGAAAUGGAACAGAUAAACCUUCGGACCAACAUGCAAGGGCUCAAACUGUCCUAGCCUCUGUUGUAUGUAAUCGGCUCCCCGCAUCUUACCCUGACUGUGAGAAUGGCUUUCAACUGUGGGACAUGAGUGCGCUUUACUGCUGGAACCCUCCAAGCUGUCUUCAGACCAUACAGGGGAAUUCCCAGACACCACCUUUGCUUAAUUCUGAAUGAUUUUGAAGACUUUCCUUCAUCUCACCUGGAAAUGUUUGAUACGUACAGAUCUGUGUCCACUGCGCCAUUUUGAUAUUUCUAGGGCAUUUCCUGUAUUUUAGACAUCUAGGUUUGUUGUGCCUGUGUACUUUCUGGACUAUCAUCUUGCCAAAUAAGCUGAAUUAUGCAAUUAUCUAUAGAUCAACAGAUUUCCUGACCUUAUUCAUAAGGUAAUGAACUUUAUUUGCAUUUCUGCAGUGGAAAAGAAAGUAUUAAAACGUGAAAUUAUGUGUUGACACGACAUUUUAUACAUCUUGCCAUGAACAACAAUAAAUCACAAAAUGGCAUUGAGCAGUAGCUGUUGUGGUGCUGUUCAGUACUCUA